CAGAGUCUCCUACAAAUAACUCACUUCCGCAAGGAUGACUCCCUCUGGACAGGAAGUGUUGUUCUAGUGCGGACUUAUCUCCUGUUAAUUUAUAGUUGUCGCUUAUUGGAAAUUGAAUUACAAGGUUUUUACUUCGUCACAAAAUUGAAUUUCUUUUUUAUGUGAGCACAGAUAAGCUAUAAUGAAAGUGACUCUGUCGUUAGCUGGUCGGUGUGGGUGCGGUUCAGUAAUGCGGUAUCGAUACAGAGCUACUCAAUAACUCGACUUAGUGAAACUUUGCUUUAUUUCAUAUAAACAUGGAUUUUCAUUGAACCCCAUCGAAAUGAAAGCACAGUUUCUCCUUUAUUUCAUAUCAAUAACGCUAAGCCUGCAGAAGCAAGGUGUGGACACACAUGAAGAGACACAAGAACAGAAGACAGCAGAUGUGACUCUAUCAGUGAUGGAGGGAGAAACUGUGACUCUAGAAUCUGGUGUUCCUAACAUAGAAAUAAAUGAUCUUACAGUUUGGACAUUUGAAGACACUCGCAUAGCUCUGAUGAAUAAAGAACCUGGCAAGUUCUUGUUAUUUGAUGGUGAGAAUGGGAUGUUUCGAGACAAGCUACAUCUGAACAAUCAGACUGGACAUCUCACCAUUACAAACAUCAGAACUGAACACACUGGAUUUUAUCGAAUGCAGAUUCUCAGCACUGGGGAUUAUUCGAGAAAUUUCCUGGUUCAUGUCAGUGCUCCUUUGCCCGUUCCUGUCAUCACCAGAGACUCUUCAUCAUCGAGCUCAAAAUGUGUGUUGUCGUGUUCCGUGAUGAAUGUGUCACAUGCGAGUCUCUCCUGGUACAAAGAAAACAGUUUAUUGUCCACCAUAAGUAUGUCUAAACACAUUGAAAACAGCAUCUCUCUUCAUCUGGAGUGUCUGGAUGAUUCAUACGCAUGUGUACUGAACAAUCCCAUCACAAACCAGACUCAACACCUCACCUCUGAUGUGUGUCAGUCAUGUUCAGCACACAGCCUACUCCCAGGAUUUAUAGCAAUUGGUGUAGUGUGUGCUUGUGUCCUGGUGGGAGUAACUGCUGCUUUGGUACGAUUUUACUAUAAACGCAAGUCAAAAGAAAAACGCAUACAAAACCACCAACCUUUUGAAGAGGAGCUACGUGCUCUAAAUAAUGGUUCAAUCCUCAGGACAGCUCCUAAGCCAAUUUAUGCUGAUACACCUCUGGAUGAAGUUGAUCAUCAAAGCAAUGGUUCAAAUCGUUUCAUCAAUGAGGAGUCAGAUGAUGGUCUGUAUCUUGAGGAACAAAAUGAUCAUUUAGAGGAUGACGUAAUGACAAGACUAUCUGUGCCAGAGGGAGACGCCGUCACGCUGCCCAGUUUUAUUACUUCAAUUGAGGACGUUGUCUUCGUAUGGAAGUUUGCUGAAUCCAAAGCAACCGGUCACAGCAUUAAAUUCAAAGUCAUAGUUGAAAGGAAGAAAGAAAAUGAUUGCGAAAUCUUAUUUAGUACCGUGAGAUUCCAAAACAGACUCCAACUAGACAAUCGCAACGGAUCUCUGACCAUCACAGACUUCACAUCUCAAGAUGUUGGAUAUUAUAAACUGUGGAUCCCCAGCAAGAGGAUUUUGAAGACGUUCGAUGUUACUAAAAAAGUGACGACGCUCCAGAGACGAAAUACUUUCAAUAUCUAGAGGAGCCCACAAUGAAACUUGAAUAACACUCCACAGCACAGGACACAUAAACUUAAUUUAUACAGUCAAAUGACAGUUUGGGAUUGACCACAACCUCUGUCAGAUUGAACAAAUCUGCCACAAACAACAAUAUUUAUAAUGAACAAAAACUGCAUGUUUACCUCAUUUAAAAGCCUUAAGGAGUCUAAAUAUAAACUGUCUAUAACUUCCCUGCAGUUGACAGUUUAUAUAUAUUGAAAGUUUGGAGUUUUAAGUAUUAAGAAGAUUCAUUGGUUCAAUGAUUUUGUCAUUAGAUUUUUAGAAUGUUGUUUAUAAUACUGAACUGCCAUUACUUUAUAUAACUGGUCUGUAGAGAAGUAUUUUCUCAAUGUAUUCAUGUGUCUGGUGCCAAUUUCAAGACCAAAUUUCAAGAGUUUUCUAAACUUUGAUGGUUAUUUUUAAUAAAUUAAUAAUUUUGUAAUAAAUCCAAA